AAUAAGCCCAGCCGAGGAGGAUUCAGGAUAGAUGUGACGGAAUAUGUCGGAAUUUCAGAAACAGAACCGAAAGAAAAGCACAAGGGAGAAGAAAAUGGACAGACAGACUCUGAAAUUGAUCUCAAUUAUGUUGCGUUUUGCGUGAUUUGGUUUUAUUUCCUCAACCCACGCUCGGGUUGUAAACGGGGAAUAUGGAAAGCGCCCAAAGUCCGAGACCGGAGCAAUCAUCUAAACCAAGCCAUGAGCCCAUCCGUUUCGGUAUAGACCGGAUCCUCGGUUCCUCUGACCGACAGCAUGGCUCUGAGAGCAGUACGGACAGCCAGACCGGGACCACCACUACAUUCACUGCACUGCUCGCCCCACUCUCUGCUUUUCCUGGCUCUCUGGAGGACCCGAGCGAGUUCGUGCCGAACAGGACUCUGGGACACCGCGGGGUGAUCCGGGUCCCGGCGCACAGACCGCUUGGAGCCGCCAUAGCUCCGUCUGUGGUGAGCGCAGCUCCGGGUUUCGGGCCGCUUUGCUUCCCCUGGGUGGAUAAUCACCGCAGAUUCACCAAAGACAGACUGCCAGCUCUACUAGCGUUGCCCAUAACUCGACGCAUUGGUCACCCCUACCAGAACCGCACCCCCCCCAAGCGGAAGAAGCCGCGCACGUCAUUUUCCCGCGUGCAGAUCUGCGAGCUCGAGAAGCGCUUUCACCGGCAGAAGUAUUUGGCCAGUGCUGAGCGUGCGGCUCUCGCCAAGACUCUUAAAAUGACGGACGCUCAGGUCAAAACGUGGUUCCAGAACCGAAGAACCAAAUGGAGGCGACAGACGGCUGAGGAGAGGGAGGCCGAGCGCCAGCAGGCGAAUCGGAUGCUACUGCAGCUGCAGGCUGAUGCCCUCCAGAAGUCCAUCAGUGAGUCAGUGCCUGUAGAUCCUCUGUGCGUGCACAACUCUUCACUGUAUGCCCUGCAGAACCUGCAGCCAUGGGCUCAAGACAAAGCAGGCAAAAUGGCCACCACUACUUCACUGGCCUAAAUGAAUACUGGUGAAAUACUAAGCGCAUGAGGCGUGACUGUGAUUGUGCAAAAUUAGACAACUGGGAAUGUGUUACAGUAAGAUAGGCUUUAUGCAGUGAUCUAGGUAUCAUAUUAUACGUACAUGACCUUGGAAAGAAAUAAUUUGAUGAACAGCAAAUAUAAGAAAAUCUGUAGAUUUUUUUGAGGACAUAUACAACAUCAACAUCCUGGGAGGAAAACACUACUGAUCAAUAUCAUACCAAAUAUGCAUCAGUAGAAUUUCCUACAAUCCCAAUGCUAUAUUAAAUAUAGAGGCUCAUCCACGGUCUUUGAGUUCAUGCUGUUGCACAACAUUCUUCAAAACUCAAUACUCACAUAUGUGCAAUCUGAAAGGUUGCUUAUUUGUGUGAACAAAAGGUAUACUCCCCAAUGACCUCCCAGGUGUCAGACAAGAAAUAACACUGCAGUGGGAAUUGUGAAUGUAAAAUAACACAGUCAAGGUUUAUGAUUAUGAGAAGUUUUUACUUCUUUUACAACAUGUUUUCUUUUCGUGAUGGACAGAAAGGAAAAUCUGUGGCUGCAAAUCCAAACGUUAUGCGAAACAAACAAAAGGUAAUAUCUAAAUGCACAGGCACAAACACAUUAUUUUUGUCCAUCAUAAUUUUUUUCUCCUUUUUCUAAGUCCUGUCCCAGCUGAUGUUCCAGUGUUGUUGGCACAAAUAUAGACUGUGAAUAUCUGAUUAUAUGUUUGACUUUUUAUAUAAUUGAGUAUAGUGUACAUUUCUACUCAUCGCCAGUGACUGUGUUGUUGAAAAUGAAGUUUACUAUUCUUCUGAAUUUCCUAUGUUUACUUGCUUAUAGUACUGAACUGUGUCUUGGGCUUCUACAUAGUGUUUUGGGCCAAACUACAGCCUAUAUCUUGGCCCUGUUUCAUUGCCACUACAAGACAGAAAGUUGCCAUGUUGUAAUCCUGGAUUUAAAGCCCAGUAAUUAACAUGGUCCUUGUAAAUCAAGAAUACUUUGCAUAGGAAUAUGCUUGAGACAAAGGAAACACUCCAGUGUUUUCACUGUCUAUGUGCUGCAUCUGUAGCAUAUGUGUGACUACCACUGACAAGAAUUUGGGCACGUUUCCCUGUACUGUGAAAAUAACAAAAACUUUUUAAACUCUAAGUCUAAGUGUUUUUAUUAGGGCAACAAUAAACAUUAGUAUUUCUAUUCAUUUUUAUGAAUGAAUGUGGAAAUUAUUAAUGAGUUGCUUUAAAUGAAAUAAUUUACAAUGAAUCAUACAUAAUUAUGCAUGUAUACCAAAACCGAAAAUACCUUUUAAUGUAUUGCUUCAGUGUAGUUUUGAAUUUGCAUUACUGUAAAAGUUUACUGACUGAAAUGAACAACUGACUUCCAUUAUAACUGAGGUUUAGUUCACCAUUAACUGUAGUUCUUUAUUAACGGCAGAGUAACACAUCCAAAUAAUUUUCUGUGGUAAUCACAAAUACACUACAAAUCCAGUGGAUAGAGAGUAGGUUGAUAAGCGUGUCUUACUUUAUAUUAAAUGUCUUUAAUAUCUGUGAAGCUAUAUAUAAACUCCACAGGCAACUAUAUAACUAGUAAGAACGUCUGCACUGUUACAAAUAGCUUACAGAUCCAUCCAUCCAUCCAUUUUCUAUACCGCUUAUCCUUCAGGGUCAUGGGGAAGCCUAUCCCAGGAAGCAUUGGGCACAAGGCGGGGUACACAGGGUGCCAAUCCAUCACAGGGCACAAUCACAUACACAUUCACACACCCAUUCAUACACUAGGGACACUUUGGACAUGCUAAUCAGCCUACCAUGCAUGUCUUUGGACUGGAGGAGGAAACAUGCAAACUCCACACACACAGGGAAGCGGCAGAAAUCGAACCCCCAAACCUGGCGGCCUGAGGUGAACGUGUUAAUAGAUGUAAAUACAGAAAUGCACACAACUUCAGUUUUGGCCCAAACAGGACAUUCUCUUUCACUCACUGAAAGUGUAAGAGGGGUAAUAACAUUUAUAUGAACGGCUAGUUUUGACUAUACCUGCAUACAUACAGACACAGGGACUAUUAGCCUAUUUUGAAAGCAUAACAAUAUAAGAGCAUAAAGGUAUAUGUAAUUACUGCAAAUUACAGAUUGGCAGUAGUCCGUCUGAUUUGCUGGAUCAGUACAUGACGAGAAAUAUACCACAGAAAUGAUAUAAAAGUUCAAGUUGAACUUUUGUCAAGAUGCAUAUUUACAUAAGAUUUACUUCUGUAAUCCAUCAGUAACAGCACAUACAUUCAAGUAGUUACAUUAUAGUUGUCUGUAUUAUUAUUAGACACAUUAACAUAGGCACUUAAUAUAAAGUGGGAGCAAAUAUGCUGGAACAUUCCUUUAUAUACAAAAACUUUGUAUUUGUUUUCUUAAUGAAGGGCAAAAGCCUUUAUGUUGGUACGUUUCCUGUCAUAGACUAAGCCUGGUCUUAGACUAAAUAUCAGUGUUAUGUAAAACCUUUUUAGCCCUAGAUUAGGAUUACUCUAUAUCUGAAACACUAGGGCUAUAUUCUAAUUCUUUCUAAACAUGAGUGGAAAAUGUCUAUAAUAAAAUAUACAAAACUUUGUUAUGUAAAUAAUAUUGAUCAUUAUAAACUAUGAAGAUGUUUUGACACGUUUGUCCUUCUUAAUAUGUUUAUAAUUUAAGGUAAAUGGGUGUAUAAAUAUAUAUAAAACAAUCAA